AUGUCCUGUCUAUCUUCUUCAGAGAGACAAUAUUUUAUCAAUGUGUUUAUUUUUCUUAUAUUUGUGAAGGGGUCAGCCCAGGCCAAGCGAACGACUAGCGCGGCCCAGGCUCUACAUACUGGAAGGCAUGAUGCUAAAUCUUGCUCAGAGGAUAGAGAACUGAAGACUCGAAAUAGAAGUUCUGGGUUGUCCAUCAAGGAAAAAGAUUCUAAGACUCCGGUUAUAUCAAUUUUUUAUCCUGAAGUUAUCUUAAAUGUCGGAGAAAUGACUGUCGGGGAAGUGAUUGUCGGGGAAAUCCAGACCACAUCAAAAUCCAAUAAUUUGAACCCUAUUGUUUCAAUAAUGUCUCAGAAGAUUACGGGUAUCUGGAAAAAUGGGUUUAUGAGUUUUAAUCCGUCCGAAAAAUAA